AUGGUGCGUGCACCGAUCAACUACGACGAGGACACCGAGUUCAACGACGCCCUGAGGCGACACGGCAUCAUCCCGCCCAAGGAGUCGUCCGGCUCUCGCUCGCCGAGCCCUCCCCCUGCACCCGCGAGCCCGACCCUGUCUGAGCUCGACCUCGACGACCUCGACAUCGCCAAGGACGACAUCGUGUCGCGAGCCGACCUCGAGCACGCGCUCGAGGCGCGCAAGGCGAGGGAGCGCGACGCGCUCGACAAGCGGCGGUUCGGGCGCGUGUACAACAUUGGCAAGGUCGACUACACGCGCGAGGUGACCGAGGCGAGCAACGAGGAGCUGCCCGGCGAGCCAGAAGGUUGGGGCAUCGGCGUCGUCUGCAUCCUCUUCAAGGACAGCGUCCCCGAGUCGAAGAAGCUCAUGCCGCUCAUUGCCGAGCUCGCGUCGCUGUACCCGUCGUCCAAGUUCGUCUCGAUCGUGUCGGACCACUGCAUCGAGAACUACCCGGACAAGAACGUGCCGACCCUCCUCGUGUACCGCAAGGGCGCCCUGAUGGGCCAGAUCGUCGGCCUCGGCAGCAUGAACGGCAUGAACGCGACGCUCAGGGACGUCGAGCGCGUCCUGUUUGCGUUCCGCGGCAUCGACUUCCACCUCAAAGUCGGGUACGACGCCGCGCCCGUCUCGUCCCAGUUUGCGUCGCGGUCCGACGCGGCGCAGCCCUUGUCCAAGGGCGGCGCGACGCACGGCGAGGGGCGGCCCGAGCGGCCGACGAGCGGCGACGAGGACGGCAGCGGGGCCGACAGCGACGACGACGACCAGGCGUUUGUCGGCGGUGGGAGGAGGAGCGGGAUCCGCCAGGGCUCCAAGCUGAGCGACGCGAGGAGGAGGGCGGCCAAGAAGGGCGGCGACGACUCGGACAGCGACUUUGACUUGUAGCGCGCGCGCGAAUGAUAGAACUCGCUCGUUGCAGG